AUGUACCGACAAUUGGGUACAGCAUCACGAAGAGAUGCUGAUUCUAUCGCUGGUUGCCUUACGCUUCUGAAGGCGUGGAUCUACGAGUACUUUCCGUGUUUUCGGCCUCAGCAGGGGACCUUGACCAGAGAGCUUGCUAUUCCUCGUGCGUCCGCCUGGGAUUUUGGAUCGGGGUGCCCUAACAAGAGCAUGGAGCGCCUUCUCGCUUUUCGGGCUAGGUUGGAUCAUUUGACUGACAAUGAAGUUAACUGGCUACCGUACGGAGUUGAUCCAGCACGACGCGUGCCUGCUACUCUUUUCAUUGGCUGCAUCCAAUAUCGUAGCAUCAUUGAGCCAUACAUGCCUGAUCAAGUGGUUCGGCAACUUGGAUACGUCCAGGGCAUUCCACCAACCAUUAUCAGGCCUGAGAAGGCUAAGAGACCGACGAACUUGAAGAUGUAUCGGGUUGACUUUCCGCCAGAGAUGACAUCUGUGAUGUGGACUCGGUUUGUCCUUGGUAUGUCUUUUAGUGUCGUGGUAGGUGCCCUCAGCAGACUUGGUGGUGGUGCUCCUACAGUCGGUCCUGGUUACAUGCAGUGGUUGUACCGAUUUUCUCAUCCACGUGUUUCUCCAGUUGCGUCAUCACAUGAGAGUCGCACACUGCCAGAGAGAACUAACACGGAUUACUGGAUGGGUCGGUCUAUGGAGGUCAUCAACAGGACCCUGGAGGAGUAUCCGAGCCUAUCGCGUGAUACAAGAGCAAUGACUGAGGCGCUACGAGCUGAUUGGAGGGCGAUGAUGGGGUUGUGAACUUCCUGUUUUUUUUAUUAUUUCCCUUGUACGCAUUUCGUUUAUGUACUAUUUAUUCGUCACGUACUUUAAGUAUUGAACAACUGUUUUGGUGGUUUUGUAAAUAUUUUGUUUAAUUAAGUUCAAUUCGUUGCAAAUUACAUAACGACAACUGUUUAACAUAAAUGAAAGUACAACAACAUGUUCACUAUCUAAUUAAGGCAUCCCACAUGUUCCUUCUAGCUUCGUAACGCUGAUCCCAACAGUCAACACUUGGGUCGUGGUGCUUGGUCCACCAACCUGCAACCGGGGGAAGUGGCGAAUCAGGUGUAAGUUCAAUACAAAUAAAAUGUGAGGCCCCAACUGUAGCGAUGACAAACUCUCGCUCCAGUUCUGUGACCCCCCUUCUUGCCCGCAACGGCAAUAUCGUGAGGCAUGGGUAGUAGCAAGUUGGUGUUUGGCCUACACCAAGAAUAAUAACCGCUGCGUUGAACCAAGUCGCAAUAGGAAAUAAAUCUUGUAUUGCAACCAUCCAAUGACGGGAAUCAACCGCCCCACCGUCCCAUCGAAUACGCUGCACAUUGAUCUCAAGUCUUCCAAGCCCAUAAAUCCUCUUAUAUAGGGCUCGA